AUGCCUCUCAAGCGCAAAGGGACGGGCAAGAAGAAGAAGUCGGCAAGAAAGUCGCAUCAGCCAGAGCCCCCUUCACCCUCCCCACCCUCCUCCCGCGCCACCUCUCCUACCCCCACCUCUCCCCCAGCGAAUCCCGAGCCCGCCCAGACCUUUCAACCCUAUGAGAUGACGCCCACCAAAGAGUCGUUCGACGCCUCCCUGCGACGGGCUCUUGUCGAGACGCAUACGGUGCUGGCUCCAUUGGAGGAGUUGAUACACGCCUCGGGGCCAGGAAAGCCGCUGGAGCUCGCCUCACCAGAGCAAGGAACAUCGAACGGCGUAUCCAUCUCCGACGGCGCCCCUGAUUCUCCUUCCGCCAAGCCCGAGUUCUCCCAAGCGUACUAUAUAGCCAUGGCGCUGCUUCCCCUCGACCUGAAAAAGUACAUCGAGGAGGUCAGCGCGCCUGAUGUGGACGGCUUGCUAGACGAGGACGGGUCAUUCCAUCCGUCGCGGCUCGAAACCGACCAACCUCCCCAGUCGCUCAUGCGACAGAUCUCCCGUUCGAGCCCCACAGUGCAGCAGGCGUUUGUCACAGCCUACCAUGAGAAGAUGAGGAAGGAGGCGGGGCCUGCGUAUGAUCUAAUGGGCGAUGUUGUGGGAGGGAUGGGGAUGGGGACAGUAAUGGGCGGCAUGGGCACUAUGGGAAUGAGGCCGGACAUGGGGUUGAGGGCGGCGAUGGGAGGUCCCAAGCACAUGCUUGGAGGUGUUCCCACACGUGCUAUGUCCCAUAAUCACAGCGAUGGCUGCUGCUCCGGCCAUCCCGCCCUUGGUCUCCCUACAUCCCCUGCGCCUCCGUAUCGCGCCUCGGCCAUCGACGACAAUUACUCGAAUCAACUCGGUGUUGACUUGGGAGGACCCAACUUUGGCUCUGGUCUGCUUCCUCCUCCGCACAUGCUCUUCCCUGCCGGCAGUAUGCCUCCUGGCGACGAAGGUGAAGACGAGGAGGCGAGGCUGGCUGCCAUCAGUGAGAGAAAGAAGAAGAAAAAUGGGAAGAGCAAGGAAAGGGCCAGGAUGAAGAAGAUCGAGGCAAAGCAGGCUGGGCGAGUGGCGGGAGAUGAGACAGAGAAAGCAAGUGAAGAGGAUGAACCACAGGAGGCAAGUCAAGACAACAACUCUUCGACUGCUCUACUCCACGAAAGUCCAACAAGCAGCAAUACCGUCUUCGUCUCCCCAUCGUCUGCCCCUGAGGAGCUCAUCGUCACUCCUCUCGUCAGGGAUACGGGGCAUGGUAUGACUCAGGUGCAGCCCAAGGAUACCGGAAAGGCAAUCAUGGAGAAGGUGAACUCUGGAGCCACAAUGAAAAUGCCAGAUAUGGAGGUCACCGCUGAGCCAGUCUCAAUUGAUCCGAAGGACACCGACACAGCCUCCGAAAGUGCCGCCACCUACGCCCUUCCCCCUGCUUCUCCAGAGAUACUCGUCAGCCGCAGGCAAGGUACUAUGGCUGGGCGCUCUCGAACUUUUGCCGUUCUGGACAAGAUGCCUGAUGUGGUACCCGUUGCUGCUCCACAGGACGAGCCACUCCCUCGCCGCACGACUCCAGAGCCUACUCGACCUUCUUUGCCGACCAGGCGGUCUUCUGGGACUAUGGCGGGACGUAGUCUAACCUUUACACCCGUCGAAGAAACUCCAGAUCCAUUGGAGAUCGCGGGCGAGUCCGAUGGCGAGUGUGCCGACGAGGUUCGCGUGAAAGACCAAGUUGGCUAUGAUGAUUUGUGGGAAGAAGACGAUGAUAGCUCGGAUGAUGUGGAAACCUCAUUAGCGGCGACAGCCCCUCUGACGGUCAUUACGGAAGAAGAGGAAGCUUUGGAGGAGGGUGAGGUCAGGGAGGAAACCGGCCCCACGGCAGGCGCAUUGGAGGUUAUCCCAGAGGUCAGCAGGGUGAACUCUGUGACACCUUUGGCGGGCGCGAAGGCAAAUGCAGAGGCCAAGAUCCCCGAGCCGCCCGAGAAAACAUCUUUGGGAGUCUCCAAUGGGACGACAGUCACCACCAAUAUGUCGCUCGAGCCACCUUCGACUGUGGGCUCACCCGUGCCAUCAGACACUACCGAAGUCGAUGACCAACCCACUACAAUCUAUCGUAUUCCCUCCGAGCUCUCAGGUCGCCGAAAUUCUGAACCCUUUGUCAGUCCUCUCCCCACUCCUGAUAUGGAAAGGAGCCUCUCUUGGGGCCCGUUGAAGCCAGUCUUCAGAGUCCAAGGUCGUUCAGAGAUCGGGCUGCCCUCCCCCAGACAGGAGAAACCAGUGACGCGCCCUGGUGUCUUGGAGAGGACCAUGUCCACUCCAACUGGGUUUGGCCAUGACUCGCGUCCCACCGUGUUCGGAGAACGAAUGGCUGGUGCUCCCGGCUUGCGUCGUAACAACUCGACCGGCCUUGGGCGAUGGUCCACGACCAGCUCUGCCAGCACCUCGCCCGAUAGAUCUAGGCGAGGCGGCGAUAUGGGCUCUUUUGGGCGUCCUCAAAGCGCCCACGUGUAUACCGACAGAUCCCCUGGGAACCGCUCACCUCUACUUCCCGAUCAACAAUUGCCUUCCGAUCCUUCUACGGCCCGUCCCGACAUGAAAGUACAUCCUCUGGAUAGACCAUGGACCCUCUACUUCUCAGACUCAUCUGAGAAAGCCGAAUCUCAGCAGAGCGCUCGCGAGUACGAUUCGGGCUUGGUCAAAGUCUUUCAUGCCGCCUGCAUCGAGGAUCUCUUUGGUAGCUGGAAGGCGUUGAGAAGGGCGAUUGCGUAUAGCAAGGGUAGGGAGAUCGAACCAGAGGGGAGACCGUUGGAAGGUGGAGGGGGACUGGGGAUGUGGCUCAUGGGUGAUGACACAAACUUUCAUCUCUUUGCGGAUGGUAUCAAGCCAAUGUGGGAGGACCCGAUGUGUGCCAAGGGAGGGAAGCUCAUGAUGGCUGGUGACGCCAAAAAGAUGGACGAUGUCUUUUUGGAGCUGUGUCUCCUCUUGGUCGGUGGCAAUCUGGAGGUUGAUAUGCCUCCUCUCACAAAGCCCUCCGUGUGCGGUGCUAUCGUCUCACGCCGAAAGACGACUACAAGGAUUGAGGUUUGGCUGGGCGGAAGGGAUGUUCCGGAUAAGCGUUGGGUGAACGAUGUGCACGACAAGCUUUCGAACUUCUUUCCGCAGAUCAGAGUGCUCCCCUAUAAGUCUUUCCAUAGGAACUGA